CCCUCUAUAUCGAAAUCGGGACGACAAAUUGAUUCUGGUGCUGGACAAUCGAAACGCCUAAAAUAAACUCAUCGACGUCCAUCGUAAUUACUUAUUCGCUCAUCAACAUCCAAAAAGAAAUACAUUGAUCAAUAUCUGUUCCGUAUUUUUAUUGAUCAAAAAUGUCAACAGAAAUCGCCCCUACCACUGUUGCACCUGAGUCGACCUCGGCCGUCACUCCACAGGGUAUGCGCAAGAAUGGUAUGUAUGCGCUCCCAUGAGGCUUUUCAAUGUCUUGCCAGACAUAAAGUCGCUAAUUUUGAUAUUCUAUAGGUAAACAAUGGCAUCCUGUGAAGAAAGCUUUUCGACCAAAGGCUGGGAAUACUUCUUAUGAAAAGAGAAAGGCAAAUGAUCUGGCAGUGGCACUAACUAAGGCCAAAGAAAAGGAAAUGAAGGAUGAGAAGGAGGCAGCAAGACAGGUUAGAACCUCGUCAACUGUAUAUUGGACGAAAUCUAAUCAUAUAAAUAGGCCCAUAUAACAAAGAUCAGGGAAAAGCGCGCCAACAAGGAGGAGAGAGAACGAUACGAAAAGAUGGCCGAAAAGAUGCAUCAGAAGCGUGUCGACAGAUUAAAGAGAAGGGAGAAGAGAAACAAGAUGUUGAAGUCAUGAUGGGCAAUCUUCUGGGACGGAGCAUAUGGCGUAUGGGAUGGAUUGAAAUAUAUUAAGUGCGAUGGGUUGAUAUGGUUGAUUUGUACAAUUCACAUAUAAUACGUCGACCAAUAUUCAGCUUGGUGGCAUAAAGACGACUAUCCAAAGUUGAAUAUAGCAGCAUGGAUGAGGAUCUCCAUCCUGUUAGGGACGAUGAAGUCAAUUUAGAUUCAGUCUAGGUUCUUGAGGAAAUUGAUGUAUAUCAUCGACGAGAUGGGAAUUUAUAUCUUCGAUGAUCAUUUAACAUUUGAUUGGAGAUUAAGGGAACAGACCUAUUAGCUGUUUUGAAUGUAUGAUGAACAAUAAAAGAGACAAUUAAACGAGUUAAAU